AUGGAACCCGGCGACUUUGUUUUGUGGGACUCACCGGCCGUUCACUACGGCGCUGCUCCCCUCGGAAACAACAAGCGCAUGGCUAAGCCGAACGAGCUCUUGACCGAGGAACAAAGGCAGCACAAAGUGGAUGGUUUCAAGAUAGGCUAUAUGACGUCACACGACCCCACCGACUUCGUUUUGAAGGAGGAGCAAAUGGCAGACUGGAAUAUCCUUCCUCCUUAUGGCCCUCCCGUCAUCAACAAGGCCACUCAGCAGGCCAUCGGCAUGAUCCCAUAUGAUUAG